AUGCAUGAAAAUCAUGGAGGAAGAGUUUUUGGGAGACAUCUUGAUAAUUAAGUUGAGAAAGCAUUAAGGGAUGCUAAAGAAAAAAGAAAUGGGAUAAAUGAUUAAAUUGGAGGGAAAGAGAAUAUAAUUAAUGAUGCUGUUUGGACAAAGAAUGGCUAGUUUGUUAUUGGUUGCCCUUAAAGGGUUUUAGAAUAUUAAUAAGAAAUAUACGAGUUUCUUAAUUAACGUGAGUAAGAGAGCUAGGGAUUUUAGAUUUCAUUUUAUGAAAUGAAAAUCAAUGAAACAAUGCGAAAUACAACAGUACUUAUAUUGGCUAGAAACAGAUUAGGUUUGCAAUUAAGUAGGCGAAAUUAUAUAAUUUGAAAUCAGAAACAUUAUUCCAAACAGUCGAUUUGAUAGAUUAAGCAAUUUAACAUAUAAAUCCAGAAGCAGAAAGAAUGGAGCUCAUUGCUAUAACAUGUUUAUUUAUAGCAACUAAAUAUGAAGAAAUAUAUCCACCUCCAUUAGGAGCAUUAUUAAGAGGAACAGAAUUAAGAGUUAAAGAAGUUAUUGAAAUGGAGAAAGAGAUACUUUAUAAACUAAACUUUAAUGUUAUUAGUGAUAAUACAUUAAUUUGGUUAUAAUUGAUAGGAGAACUGUUAGGAUGUAAUAAAAGAUAUAGGGAUUAAAUAAAACAAAGAUUGAUGUAAGUUAUUUGAUGAAAAUAAAAGGUAUUUGGCAGAACUUAGUUUAUGUAAUGAUCGGUUUUUAAGUAUGAAGAAAUCAACAAUAGCCUUGACCAUUUUUGUGGCAGUGGAAAUGUAGUUUGGAUAUCAGAAGACAUAAUUCUAAUGGGAUCGUUUGUCUCAACAUUCUAAACCUAGUAAGGAUUCUAAGCCAUUAAAAUUAUUUACUUAUUGCUUGAAAAAUUGA